AUGAGCUCACAGGACAAGUUAGAAGAUAUAAAUGCCGACACUGUCAAUAUUUUACUUCCUGCUAUUGUGAUUAUUUUUAUGCUGAUGUUUACUGGAAUAAUUGGCAAUCUGCUGGUGAUCUAUUUUUACUCCAUGACAUUGAAACCCACAGCUUCAUACAUAUUCAUCACAACGUUAGCGACCUUUGACCUCAUCUCCUGUCUUAUUUCUAUGCCAUUGGAAAUUGUGGACCUUUUACAUUUUUUUACGUUUGAAAGUUCCGGAGCAUGUCGCGUUCUUCGUUUCAUUAAUUACUUUGCACAUAUAGCUUCGGGAGCAACCCUAAUUGCUAUAGCUGUUGAUAGAUUUCAAAAACUUUGCAAGCCAUUUGAAAGACAAAUUUCAAAUCGAAUGUCAAAGACCAUAUUGAUCCUAGUGAUUAUGUUUGCCAUUUUGUCUGCUUGGCCCAGUGUUGUGUUUAAUAGAGUCGAAGCCGUAAACAUUACUCUUUCCGGUGAGAAUUUCGUCGGCUACGAUUGUUCAACAAUACGAGACGAGGCUUAUUUAGAUUAUAUCAAAGCCUAUAAUGCUUAUUUGUUUUUCCUGUUUUGUUCUGCUAUCGUCGUCCUCCUCGUUUUGUAUGUGAUGGUAGGUCGGCAACUUUAUGCUCUGAGGAGCUUCCGGUUCUAUUCAACUGGAAAUAGAAUUCCGCCGUCCCGACCGAUGAGUACUAUGACUAUUUCUAGUGAUGUUCAUUCCAUUUCCGGUGCUACAGUGCCUGAAAUGUCCGUAGCAGAAACGAUUCUUGAAGAAGACGAUGACGAAGAAGAUGCUGCGAUCGUUGAAGCAUUUGAAGCUGAAUUACGGCGAGGAAAUCUCACACCUAUAGAAGAAGACGAGGAUGAUGAGGAGGAAUUAGACGAAUUCGAAGAGGAUAUGGAUGACUUCGAUGAGUACAUAGAAAGUAGAUGUCGGCCAACAUCUACAAGUUCGAUGAAAGUAUCCUCGAAAGUGAUGAAAAUGCUAUCUAACAAAGUUGCACCAGAGCCGGAGAGAACCGAACUCAAGGAAAUUCCGAUCUUGAAACCAAUACGACAGUGUCGCAGUUUUACUGAGAACAGCCGUCGUGUCCGAGUGCACCAUGGACCAAGGAGAACAAAAUCCGAAAUUUCGAUUUCUAGUCGAUUUCGACAAAAACAGAACAUGCCAGGAUCGAUUUCGCGCAUGACACUCACUUCCGGUCUCAAUAACAAUCAUGGUCAUGAGAACUUUUUACCGGACGUGGAAACAAGAUUGUCUCGUUGUGCGUCAGUUGAUAUUGAUGAAUCUAAGAUGCGCGCGCAGAACAUUAACACUAAAAAGUUCACGGCUAUAACUGCAUGUAUCAGUGUAGCGUUUAUACUGAGUUUUCUCCCUUACCUGGUGUUAGCAACCAUGUCGACAUUCAACACGGACCAUGAAGCUAAUUAUUUAUCCAGAUCCGAACUCGUGGCCUACCAGAUAUUUGUCCGAUCAUUUCUGUUUAAUAGCGUUUGUAACCCGUUGAUAUAUGGUUUACUGAAUACAGAAUUCAAGAAGAUGUUUAUCUCGGGAUUAAGAAGAACGUGUUGCUACUUUUGUGAUAAAUGGCGGAUAAACACAAAAAUUGCUCCCGACACCGCACGUUGA